GAAUCUCAAAAGUAUAUAAAGCGUGUCAUAAUGUUGGGGGAAAAUUGGUUUCGUCCAUUCCACAUAAACGAAUUUUCAUGUGCGCGCGGCGAUAACACAAGGGUAUGGUUCGUUAUUUAAUUCACUAAGGUAGUUGUCUCGUGUGUAUUUCGCGGGAACUGAGUCAUCGUACACAUAUGUUUGAAUGCAUCUGUCGGGCGAACUUGGUUGCUUUCAUCUUUGUUAAGUCAAGCCAUAUUAUCUCCAAUCUUGCCAGACUAUUUCCAGUGUAAAAUAUUUUUGGAGAAGUGAAGUAAGAUGGCGUAGACUGUGAAGUAAGAUCGUUUUCUCUACACAAACAAAGUCCAGUUUCAACGCGAGCGGACCUCGAACGUUGGACAUGGUUCAAGAUUAUACGAAUUGAGCAACGUUUCCGGCCUUAGUUUUCGACUUCUGUGAAGAGAGGGACGUUGCUUUCGACGAGAACCUCACCGCUUUCGAACACAGUAGUCUGUUCCGUGGCUGUAGCGUGGAAGUUCCGUGAGGAAUGCUUCCUGAGUGAGAUCAUUCGCGCUAAGAUCCCCGGCGAAAAUCACUGAUUGUAAACGGCAUGACAUCAUUUAACGCAAUGAAAGAUCGCUUCGAAAGCGGAGGAAGAAGUGUUCUUUCCCUAUCAACCGCGCUAGACGCCUCAAACGAUCGGACUCACUGUAGUUCAACUCUGGCCAGGAGCCCCCCUUCAAAACUAGAAAUUAUCGACAGCCCGAAGAAAGCAAAGCACAAAAUGGGGAGAAAGAAGAUCCAGAUUUCAAGAAUCGGCGACGAGAGAAAUCGUCAGGUUACUUUCACAAAACGCAAAUUUGGUUUGAUGAAGAAGGCUUAUGAACUGAGCAUUUUGUGUGACUGUGAGAUUGCUCUUAUCAUAUUCAACUCUGGAAACAAACUGUUCCAGUAUGCUAGCACAGACAUGGACAAGAUCCUCCUAAAAUACACAGAAUACAAUGAACCACACGAGAGCAGAACAAACACAGAUAUUGUUGAGACAAUUUCAAAGAAGGAGAACAAGGCUUUGCCAUCCCCUGACGACACAGAUAAGCAAUUUGUGUUGACUCCAAGAACAGAAGAAAAGUACAACAAAAUUAAUCAAGAGUUUGAUCAGAUGAUGAAAAAGAAUCUUCUACAGCCACAUCAAUCUGAUGAUGGUUAUCAUCAGUUGCCUGUUUCCAUCCCAGUGUCUUCCAACAAUGGCUCAGAAGAUAGUUAUGGCAGCAGACCUGGUAGUGCUGAUGCACCUGGAAUGAGCUCUGGUCUUCCAGUCAGUUCUAGUGGUCGAAUCAAUCCUGAACACAUGAAUGGAAACUACCCACGAGGGAAUGCUACUGCUAUAUCAGGAAACACACAGAACAUGUCUGAUUUGGUGGCUGCAGCAGAGUACAACAGGAGAAGUGUAACUCCUGGAUCAGUUCAGGGUAACGACGGCUCAUUUGUAACACCUCCCUCUGGGGUGACUGGUGGGCGAAAUUCUGUAUCGCCACAUCCACAAGCUGUGACUCCUCCACCAAACACCAACAGGCCUGCCUUAAAGAUAAACAUCCCCAACAGAAGCUCAGCUGCAGGACAGAUGCAUAACCGACAUGGCAUUGGCGCUUCAGCCCAGGAUCAACCUUUAUCCACUCCAGUGAUAUCAUUGAACAACUUACCCAUGCCAACACCAAGUGAUAAUCACUCCCUUUCUACUCCCAUCUUUUCCAUGGCCACACCCAACAUAUCUGGGGCACCACAGUCAUUUUCUUCGGCUCUCCCCUCUGGAUUCCCUGCUGAAUUCUCGAUGGAUAACAACACUGAAUCCCUGGCACACAAACUGGUGCAGUACCAAGGUGCUGCUGCUGCCUUGCCUCUGAUUCAACAGCAAGCACUACUGCAACAGCAGCUGCAGCUAAAUAACAUGAUACAAGCAGGGAAUUUACUGGGCAAUCGCCUUACUGUUCCUGGUCAAGGCAUGUCCGCGGUGAGCAUCAAGGCUGAGCCCGCGGAUAGAGACACAGCGUCACCAAACUCGCGCUCGUCAAUAUCCCCCAGUUCACCCUACCAGGUACAGAGGAGGAUAGCAGCCAUCAGAGAUGACCGUGACAUGGAUAAAGACCCUGGUUCCAAGCGCCCACGCUUAGACCCAACUGUUUCUGCUGCUGCGAACGGCUGGGGGCGUUAAAAAAGCAGGAUGAAAAUUUUAUAUACAGGAAAUAGAUGAUUUAGGUUUAUUCGUGUUUUCGUUUUUUGGCAAAAAAGAAGUAAUCUUAAUAAUGUGAUGCAGGCAUCAUGUCUUCACCAAGGCUGUUAUCAAUAUUAUAUUUUGUAGGAAGCUUUUUUUCUUGCUUCCUGUUUACUAUUUUAUAAUCGGUUUAGUAAAAUAGGCAGGACCUGACCCCUUGAGAGCAUAAAAAUUGUAAUUAUAUCCUGAGGGGGAAAAACUUAAGACGCAUGUGAAGAUAUUAGCCAUUGCAGAAUAGUGUAUUCUCCCUGUCUGUCAUUUCAGGAGGCACCAUCCUCAUUUUUGAAAGUGCAACCUCAGCUGUCAAGAAGAUAAGCUGAGUUGCCUGUGUACCCUAGACUUAAAACUUUCUCAGUUCGCUUUGAAUACUGAACCAGACACAAAGUAAGUGAAAAAAGAAAAAUCAGGUUCAUCGUCAAAUAAGCUACGAAGUUUAUGUGAGAUGUAGUUGUGCGAAGGCGUAAAAAUCUGACAUCAAAAUUGGUAUUUAUUGCAAGUUCACCCUACAACUGAUUAAUUGAUAACAUUUGAAUAUUUUGCUGUACUAUAUGUUAUUCAUUUGGCUGUUUCGUUUCUGAUAAUUAUCGAAUGGUAUCAUAGUAAUUUUAUUUGUCGAAACUAUAGGAGGGUAACACGUAGACCUUUUUUUGUCUGGUGAAAGUGACUUUCAAUAGCAGCCUUGGAUUAUAUGUACAUUUUUGUUAUUUGGUAUUUUUUUUUUUUCUUGUAAAUAUUACUCAAAAACAUAUAUUCAAUAGAGAAUUAAUUAACUCCUACUCUCUCCCCCCCCUCUUAAACCCCUGAGAAAAAUUUAAUAAUCAAUAGAUACAUGCAACCAGAACAGCGUGGCUGUACACAGCACGAAAAAGUUAAUGUAACGUUAAUUUUGACUACGGUGUAGUUUUGUAUUUUCAUUUAAACAAGUCUUUUGCCAAAGGCAGUUUUAUAAUUUAGAUACUGAAUUCGCUUUGCAGGGCCAAGGGCGCUUUUGAAACUGAUUUUGUUUUAGACAGUUUCCGGUUUAUUAGCUGGAAAUCUUAAUAUCGUAGUUUAUUUUCACAUUUAAUAGUAUAUGUGAGACAUAACUUGGGAUUUUUUAAGGAUAGAGUAUAGCACCUCGUAUAUUAGCGGUUGAUAUAUUCUUAAGUGUGCAAUUAUGUAAAGUUAUAUCGGAGAAAUGAAACUCUGCAAGGGUGAUGUUAAUUGGUAGUGAAUAAUUGCUUAAUUUUUUAAUUCCUAACACGAGAAAAUUUGACUGGA